GUUCAUUCGAAAAAUUUCACCCGUUGAAACAAGGCGCGCUUUUAUGUUUAUUGUUAUUGAUAUUAUUAUUGCGUGUACUCGUGCAUUCAUACAGUGGGGGACGUGUGCGAUCUCGUGUUGGUAAUUUUGUUUUGAUCGAUGAGUCCACAACAUAGUGAAAAAUUAUAUAGUUUAUUUCAACGCACAUAAGAAUUAAAAAAAGUGGUGUAAGAAAGUGUCUAAAGUUACGUGGGCAUUCCAUAAACCAAAAAAAAACGUGCUAAAUUUGUAAGGGCUUUUAACUUGAUAUUUACAAAAAAUGUUGUUUCAACUACUGCGAUUGUUACUUAUCGUAUGAUCUGAACUGGUCUCUCUGUGGAAAGUUUUGAGUGAUCAUUGUUGUACAAAGUGGGUAACUAAAGCGUAGUACUAGGUGCGGAAAAGCAAAUCAAGUAACGGCAUCGCCUAAAAUUGUUCUAGUGAUACAAUUUUAACGUGAAUGCAUUUCUUCGUGGAAAUAGGCAUGAGAUCAGCAAGCUUUUGUAUGUGACAAAAUGGUUACAUCGAUCAAUUAACUUGUGAAUAAUUUAUUUAAUAAAAACUCAUCUUAAGUCAUUACAAUCGUUGUUUGAUUGGCGAGAUGAUGCAUCGACCAGGGAAAAGUGCGUCUUAAACUUGAGAAAAAAAAAACAGUGCUUGAAUUGCGGUUGUAAUUCUUAAUGAUAAUUAUACCGUAGACAAUUGGGAAGUACAGCUUUGUUGUGGUGAAGCUUAAGACGAUUUUGGUAUCGUAUAGUUAAGUGGAAGCAGAUUUGAAUUCGUUUUGUCGUACAUUUGUCAGAGAGCCGGCUCAAAAAUGAACUCAUACUUUGAACAGACCGGAUUCUAUGGACAUCCCCACCAAGCCGCGGCCGGAAUGAUGACAACGACAGGAACCCAUCAUGACCAAACAACGGCUGCAGCAGCCGCGGCUUAUAGAGGGUUUCCACUUUCUCUCGGAAUGUCCCCGUAUACGAACCAUCACCUGCACCAAACACGCACAGCCCAAGAGUCACCAUAUGAUGCGAGCAUACAGGCUGCGUGUAAACAAAUUUACGAGGGCUCCUACAGUUCCAAAGAUUGUGGAACGAAAGGCACCAGUGGAAACAACGGCACGGACACAAGUAACGGCUACAAAGAUGUGUGGAAUGCAAACAGUGGCGCAACUAAUGGGGCGACCACUGGUGCCACUGGUAGUAACGUACCUGCCCAACAAAACAGUUCUGUUCCGGUCAGACCUUCCGCAUGCACGCCAGAUUCGCGCGUAGGGGGCUAUAUUGACGCAUCUGGAGGGAGCCCAGUGAGUCGGGCUGGUUCGGCUGCUGCCGCAGCUGGCGUACCCGGGUCAUGGAAUACCAAUCAAUGUUCACUAACUGGGUCAACUGGUGGACAAGCUGCUCCUUCCACUGGACUGCAUCAGUCCAAUCACACUUUUUAUCCCUGGAUGGCUAUUGCAGGUGCAAAUGGAUUACGAAGAAGAGGACGCCAAACUUACACAAGAUACCAAACGCUGGAAUUGGAGAAAGAGUUCCACACUAACCACUACCUGACCCGUCGACGCCGGAUUGAAAUGGCACAUGCUCUAUGUCUAACAGAGCGACAGAUCAAAAUUUGGUUUCAAAACCGCCGAAUGAAGCUAAAGAAGGAAAUUCAAGCCAUCAAGGAGCUAAACGAGCAAGAAAAACAGGCUCAGGCUCAAAAAGCAGCCGCUGCAGCAGCUGCAGCGGCUGCAUUACACGAGCAAAACUAGGGGUUACACCAACAACACACCAAUCACAGUAGUGCAAGUAAUUAUUUAUUCUAAAUAAUGAAUUCCGGUCAAAUCAGGAAACAGAUCAAUAUGACAUGACAGAUUGAUUGUUUGUUCUUUAUUUCAUCAUAUAAUACAGGUAGGCAUAAUAUAUCCAUUUUGUUUGGUUGUGUAGCCUCAGAGGCAUUACAAUAUUUUUUUAACUGUUGUAUAAGUUUUUUGCAAUCUUAAAGACUGUUUAUCUGUUCCCAGUGUUUAUCUUCUUUGGCAGGGAUUAUUUUCAAUUCAUACUCCUAUCCUGUUCACCAAAUUUUUUCUUAUUAAAUCCUUUAAUAUGUUAUUUUGCUUUCAGUGGGUUGUGCCGAUGAUAAAUACUAAAACAUAGAUAAACAAGAUAAUUUUGUGUUUAGGUAAUUUUCUUUCGGCAUUUACGGUGAAUGGUGGUGGUGAAAUGGUGAACCUAAAUAAAAAAAAUUCUAUGACCGAUUACUCGACAUCCUAACGGGUAGACACAUUAUUCUUCUUGUUCUCAUUUUCACAACAAUAAUUGGCCGUCUAAACCAACCAUAGUCACUAAUGAGAUCGCCUAUUUGGGAAUAAUUCGUGUACCCAUAGCAUUGCACUCAGUACCACAUAUGGAGGUUUCGGUCAAUACGGGAAUUCAAGACAUGACGUACAUGUUGUUAAGUCGUGAGAUUUGACGACUGUGCUAGUGUACCGAUAGGCAAACAUGUUUACAAAUACUUUUUCAAUCCCAUUUCCUAUCUCUAAUCCUAAAUCGAACAUAUAGGUUAAAGACCAUUCCUAGUGUCCAAAUCAUGUUUCCAUAUUGUUGUGGCUAUGAUGCUGUUGAGCACGACUAAUGGCAUGUAUGUCACACAUUGUAAUAUAGGCACGUGGCGACAGUAACACAAUAUAUACGAUACAGAAAGAACAAGAACUGCAUAACAGUAAGCUGAAAACAAUACACAGCUCUAAAUUAUCAAUGUACAAAAUUCAAUCAGUCUACAAUUUAACAAACUGCGCAAGGCAGGAAACAAUUUAGUCGAAACCAAUACAUAUAAGAAAGGAAUCUCAUUCAUAUAAUUGCUAUACGAAUGAAUCUAAAGAAAACUUCAGCAGGAUGUAAAUCAUUAUAUUCAUUUGUCUACUGCAAAAAAUAUCCAAAGUAUGUCGAUAACUGUAAAAAUUGCUUCACAAAGCUGUUUGAAAAGAAAAUUCUAGGAUCCCGCUUUUUAAAAUACAUUUUUCUGAACCGAAAAAAAACUAGUAAUAUGUUUUCGUUUGUGAUGCAACACGCUGCAAUAUUAUUAAGAUAUGUCAAAUAUCUGAACUUUAAUAUAAUAUGAUAUAGUUCUUUCGUAUAUGUUCCAUUGAUUUUACUUUACUUAGAGCGAUUUUUAGUAUUUAAUUAAUUAUGCGUACGAAUAUCGUACCAACUGCGUACGAAUAUCGUAGCAGUAAGUAAAAUAAUUUAGUUUGGUUUUCCAUAAAAAAGGCUAGGAAUAAAACCAACACAUGUAAAAAACACACAUUAGAAUGGGAGACUUAGACAAAUGUUUGUAAUGAUCUGUAAUGUUGGUUUGUUAUUUAUUUUGAAUAUUGUAGCUGUACUUUCAGCCAUUUUCUCAAGUAGUUUUUACUAUGUUGUCUAUUUAAAUCAGUUGUUUUACGAUUUUUGCGAUUUUUGUGUUGUACAUACAGAAACAUUUAAAAAUAUUUUGCCGGAACAGACUGUUUUGUAUUAAUCUUUUCGAUUACUCUUCCUCAAUUCGUACUUAUCCGGUUCCCAGUGUAUUAUGACUCCAACGCGAAUGUCCUUUUGAUUUUUUUUACGUCAAUAAAUACCGAUGUACUUAUUUAUUACCAUUUUUAUAAAAAGAAAUCUAAUUUAACUAUAAACAAACAUCUUCAAAAAUUUAGUUUAUCGUCAUGUCCAAGCAACGGCUGGCAUUUGAUCUACCUUAUUGAUGACUUAUAUUGGCUGGAAAUGAUUUCGACAUUCAUUUCGCGGUGAAAUGAAACACAACAUUAAAUGGUUACUCAACGUAUACUUUAAAAUAAAUCUUAUACAGAAUUCCCGGAAAUAGACAUCCAUUUGAUACAUGUUGCUGUUCUGUGGUUCUUCUGCGAUUGAUGAGAACGAGUUGCAUAACAUUGUGAGGAAUGUACAGGAGAGUGGGAACCAAAAAAAAUAUCUAGGACGGAAAUACGUAACUGUAGAUUUAAUGAACACUUUCGAAAAGAAACUUAUAAUUAAUGAAACAAGCAAACCUAGUUUCGGUUAGUGAUGUUAAUUUCGCCCAAGAGAAUAAAUGAGUUGAACAAGCGAAUAAAAACGAUACACGUGGUUGCUGAGAGUGUUGAAUUCCUUCGAGGAAAGAAUUUAAAUGCUAGUUUAACCUAGCGCAAAAAAAACUUUUGAAAGGGUUUGUUUGCACAAUUUCUUCUCAAAAAAAGCCUGCAAACAAAACAUUGAAUGUAUACGUAACUAAUUCGUAAGGAGAUUCUUGUAUUUAAAUAAGAAUAAUUAAUAUGGAUUAGCAAAUAAAACAACGCGCAACAGCAAACAAAUUUAGAAGAAUAGAACAGUGGAAGAAUUCAACAAAUGGCAGAAUUAAAAACUAAACUAUAAAUUAAAAUGUGGAAAACAACACCCGUCUAACAACCAGUGAAAAAUAUUAUAAUGAAAGGUUUAGUUUGUGCUUUUCCAAUACGAGUAAUUAAGUGAAUUAAGUAAACUACAAGUCCCAAAGUAGAGUACAUGUGACCACUAAAUAAAUAAUUUAUCAUUGCUUUA